AUGACAUCUGUUCGACCUGUGUUGCACCGCAACUGGAAAGUCGAAAUAUGGUUCUGGAAUCAAGGGAUUUCUAAAGGUCUAAAAAAUGCUAUUUCUGUAAGCAAUAUGGUGAAGUUUUGUCUGUUGGAAAAUUACUAUAAAUUGUUCUCAUGCGGAGACGGGAUCCCUAGUUUUAAAUCUAACUUAUUGUCACUUUCCCUCCAUGGUGAAGAUAUAUAUAAGUGGAAAAAUCAAGAACUUUUUGCGUGUUUUAAGGCAUUAGAUUUAUUUGGAUGGUUGAAGUGGGAGGACAACUUUACAGUGCAUCUCUAUUUUAGAAAAGGAACGCUUGAUCGUGCUAUAAAUUGGAUAAACAAAAAUUGGAUAGGUGCAGACUCAAAAGUAGAAAUGUGGGUGAAUAACCAAUAA